AUGAGUAUGAAGUAUAUGAGCAACUUGGCCCAGGUGGGCAGAGCCAGUUCAAGGGUAUCUUCGGUAUUGCGCGGAUCCCUGUACAAUUCGGUCAGAUACUACUCUGACGAAACUACCCAUUUUGGGUAUAAGACAGUGAAGAAGGACGACAAGGAAAAGCUCGUUGGAAAUGUUUUUUCGCUGGUAGCCUCCAAUUACGAUGUAAUGAAUGAUGCCAUGAGUUUGGGUAUUCACAGAUUGUGGAAAAGCCACUUUAUAUCUAGAUUGGAUGCUGGAAUGCGCCCAGGCUCUUCUAGACCGUUAGACUUCUUAGAUGUAGCUGGAGGUACUGGAGAUAUUGCUUUUGGCUUGUUGGACCACGCCAAGACGAAGUAUAAUGACACACAAUCUACAAUGACAAUUGCCGAUAUAAACCCAGACAUGCUUCGGGAAGGUGAAAAAAGGUAUCAACAGACCCAAUGGAACGACGGCUCAGACAGAGUCAAGUUCUUGGUGCAGAACGGUGAAACCAUGGACAAGAUCGAAGACAACUCCAAAGACGUCUACACCAUCGCUUUUGGUAUCAGAAACUUCACCAAUAUCCAAGCAGGUUUGAACACUGCUUACCGUGUCUUGAGACCUGGUGGAAUUUUUGCCUGUCUUGAGUUCUCUCAAGUAGACAAUCCUGUGCUUGACUAUGUCUAUCAAGCAUAUUCAUUCUCGCUCUUGCCUUUGAUGGGCCAGUUGAUUGCCAACGACAGAGAAUCGUAUCAAUACUUAGUGGAAAGUAUCCAGAAGUUCCCUAAACAGGAAGAGUUCAAGGGUAUGAUUGAAAAGGCUGGUUUCUACGUGCCAGAGAAGGGCUACGAGAAUUUGACCUUUGGUGUUGCCUCUAUACACAUUGGUGUCAAGCUCUAGAAGAAAUAAAUCUGUAAAUAAUCAAUACUUCUAACUACUUAUAUAAAAUAAUGUAAGUGUAUAUAUAUGACUACUUCUAGUAUGGAAGACUAAAUGUAUAUUUUUUC